AUGUCCAAGACAGACUUCAACAGAGAUUACUAUGCCGACCUGGAGCUGCCUCCGACUGCAGACAUUAAUGACAUCAAGAAACAGUUCCGCAGAUUGGCGAUGAAGUACCAUCCCGAUCGCAACCCUGGCAAAGAAACCGAAGUCAACGCAAAGUUUCAGACCAUCCAGGCGGCACAUGAGAUUCUGUCGAAUCCUGAUCAGAAAAUACGGUACGAUGCCCACCGCAACCGGAAGUCGGCCAGCCGCUUCCCGACCGGCUCGGGUGUCCGAGGAAACCCGUGGCAGGAUGUCGCAGGCCAAUAUCCGACACCGCCUAGACGACCAGGUCAGCCACCCACUUCGGCCUUUCGCGGGUACGGCACCUCCUCAGUGCCACGAAACCCCCCACCGGCUUCCGCAGGGGCGUCUGCGCACCGAUACUCGACCUUUAACCAGCCGCCAACGGCCAAGGCGAGCCGGGACAGUGGCGAGACGCACUACCAAGCUUGGAAGAACAUGCGCCCGAGUCCAAAGCCGACAAAGACAGGCCAAAGCGCCAGUGCUGCAUACGCCGGUCCUGAUGCCCGGGCUCAUGGGUUCGGAAACAGGCCAGCUCCCACAGCGGCUUCUAAUCCGUCUGCGUCCUCCUCCAUGCCCCCACCGCCACCGCGUACAACAUCUCAGAAGCAAAAGGCCGAUGCUUCUUUUGGAUCGCGCAGGCCGACGGGCUUCUUUCCCCGGUCUCCCAUGGGUGACGAGCCUCCGGCGCCAAAUACAAGCAACUAUUUCACAGGCCGCAACCACAGCUCCAGCUAUGAAGAGAGGACCGCUCGCCAGGGAGGCCAGUCCGGCCGGACUACGCCAACACGAAGCCAGCGUAAAGAGGAUUCUCGCUCGGCCGACAUCUCAGAAGAUGCUUAUUUUGAUACCCGCCAGAGCACACCCUAUCAGACCCACGGUGGUGAGAAGUUCAACCCGUUUGACGGUGUGCCGUUCCCCGAUCUGAGCCGGACCAGGAGUCAACGAGGGCCCAUGGCACAGGACAAACCAUCGUCCCGGCGUCGAAGCUCCAGCCUGCCUGACGAGUCUGACGCCGACACACCGGGUCGAGCUCCUGCAUCUGCGACAGAUGGCCCAAUAUUGUACGCAGCACCACAUCCAAAACCACAUCCUCCUCCGGCCACUAUCACCCCUCUGAAGCCCCCCCCUCCAGCCAGAGUGGCUGGCGGAAAAAGCGCUGGAGUUCAGCAGCAAACACAACCACCAGAGGACACCCCCAUUGCUUCCAAAAUGGAGAAGUCACCAUCCGAACUGAGAGCGCCGCACUCAAGGGCGUUUCCAAGUGGAGAUGCGGACAGCACGGGGAUCUCGGAUUUCGAAAGCAAACAGUUUGAGAUCUUGAGAAAGCUUGUCUGCAAAGUCGAAAUCUUCGAUCCCCACGCGCACUCUUCCCAGGCACCAGACAAUAUGGACGAGGAUGCUCAGCAUAAAAGAAGAAGACGGCAAAGGUUGCCAGACGGCUACAGCCUGUCGUCGAUCAGCCAUGCUGACCCAAUCGCUUACUCUAGUUCCAAGUUUUCCUUCGAUGGCCAGACGCCGGACCCUGCAUCGCCCAUGACACCCAGCCAGGCACCGCGCCACACGGGGCGUUUUAUGAGCAGCAGCGCCGAGGGCAUCAACACCCGCUUUGUUGCGGAAGAACAGGCGAAUGCGGCGUGGAAGUUCAGCGCCGGCAGCUCUGACAGUGGGUCGGGCGACUACUUGUCUUCGCGAAUUCGCCGUUCUCAGUCUGGCAGCCGUGUUGGCCGCCAGUCUCAGUCACCAGGCAAAGAUUUCACCGUUCUAGGCGCAGGCUCUGUUCCCUCGCCUUCGAAGGCGCCUCCGCAGACACCUCCGCGACCACCGCGCCCUCCGCUUGCGGCGACCGAGACACAGGACACUCAGACAAGUGGAGGUGUCGAGGAGAGCGGCGGAUUCAAUCCGGAGAAGUGGACCGAGAAGAUUGGGUUGGAGCAUUUUGCUCCUCAGGUGCCUCGCAAGGCUACGCCCACACAAUUCUCCAUGCGUCCUAACAAAAAGCCGCGGCCUGUGCGGUCAGCGACCAGGACCUUUGUGGUGGACGAGAGUGAUGAUUCUACUGCCGCAGGAAGUGACACAGAGCAGGGCAAGUCAUCACAGCCCACAGAAGCUCCCGACGGCGAGUUCGGCAACGGCGAGAGGUUUGCUAGCCCUGUUGCCAUGGAGAUUGACUCACCUGGGCCGACAGCUAUUCCCGAACGGACUGACAGCCCCAAGGAGAGCACCACGAGCCAAGUGAAUGGCUCGACGAACGGCUCGACGAAUGGUUCCACGAACGUCUCCACAAACGGCUCGGCAAACGGUUCAGCAAGCCCUGGAGAAGCACAGGCGACUGGGGUGCGAAACAUUCCGGUCGAGCCGUCACGGCCGGAAUGGAGGGCUGGCGACGUCAAGAAGGCAGCUGUCGAUGCAGCAGCCACUGGCACCACAGUGGGCGGCUCAGAAGACUCGGAGGAGUUUCUCAUCAGCCUCGCCGACAUGAAGAAGGUGGAGCCUUUCGCCGAAACAAAGGUCGGUGCUACAGGUAGCGGGCUGGGGUCUUUGAAUGACCUGCGGACAACUCUGCCAUUUGAAAGCAAAUGUUCGGCCAAGCUACCGAUCAAGAAGGCAGAUCGAAAGGAGUCUAUCAGCCUCCCCAAGGCGCCGACAGCACCACACCCACCGCCUGCGCUGGCUGUUCCCGGGCUGCAGCCGUCAGGCGGAGCGUGGGAGUUGUAUGUGGUGGAGUUUCGCCACUAUAUGCAGGCGUGGGCCGAGUUCAACAACCUCUACGUGGACCAUUUUCUGGCUCGGCGUCAUGCCAUUGAGAAGCAGCGGCGCGAGGGCAACUUUGCCUGGCUGACAACGAUGGGUGACGAUGGCAUCACGGAGUACCUGGGCUGGAUGGGCCAAGACGCCGAGAUCCGAUCGGUGUGGUCUGAGUCGUGUACAGAACACGAGCGGGCCGUCCGCCAGUUUAUGGCAUUCCGGAACCGAAUGAAGUGA